UGAUUUAGCAUUAGACAAAAUGUAUGGCCGUUCGUCUCAGCUGGUAGUCAACGAAAACAGUCGAGCAAGUAAACAGUGCCAGGCACCAACCCUGCCCUCAACCAUGGCAAACAUCGCCAUACAGAGAAUUAAGAGAGAGUUUAAAGAGGUUAUCAAAAGCGAUGAAGCUCAAAAAUGUGCCAUCAACGUAGAACUAGUUGGCGAUGACUAUCGAGAAUUGAGGGGAGAGAUAGCUGGGCCUCCAGACACACCAUAUGAAGGUGCAACUUUUCACCUUGAAAUAAAAGUGCCAGAGACAUACCCUUUCAAUCCUCCCAAGGUAAAAUUUGUCACAAAAAUCUGGCACCCCAACAUUUCAUCGGUAACUGGUGCUAUUUGCUUGGACAUUCUCAAAGACCAGUGGGCAGCGGCAAUGACUUUGCGAACAGUACUCCUCUCCUUGCAAGCAUUAUUGGCAGCAGCAGAACCUGAUGAUCCUCAAGAUGCAGUGGUAGCCAGACAGUUUAAAGAAAACCAUGCACUCUUCCUCCAAACUGCUCAGUAUUGGUCACAUGUCCAUGGUGGAGUGCCCAAAGGUAACAGCGAAUUUUCUAACAAAGUUCGAUGUCUGAUGGACAUGGGUGUAGGAGAACAUCAGGCUCUUGUUGCUCUGUCAUCUUGCAACUGGGAUAUGGACCGAGCAAUUGAACAGCUGUUCUCAUAGAUGCAUGCAUUAGUCUUUAAUAGGUAAAAUUAUUCUCAGACAAAUUUUGGGAAGGGGGGGAGCUCACACCUUUUAGAUAUAAUGAUAUACUGCCAUUUAUUACUUUUACUUUAUAGUAAAUCAUAGAUUAUUGCCUUCAGUAUGUACUGUAUAUUUAGGAAACACCACACUCCAUAGUUCAACAUUAUAAAAAAUUUGUUUUAAGAAAGGUGUCAGAAAAGAGUGUUGAUUGGUCAAGCUCAUUUCCCUCAAUUCAUCAGUGGGCACAUCUGAUGUUAUCAAGUGCUAAAUUACCUAUUUUACUCGAAUUCACUUUCCAGACAUACUCACUUGCCAUAGUAUCACGCAUACAAUUAAACUGUGCCGUAUAUCAGAUACGGUCAAUAUUUAUGUAGGUUCAUUAAUUUUUUAUAUUGGCAUCAUUUUGUCUUUGAAUUAUUAAGUAUCAUGCAGGGGUUUCUUACUUGUAAUCCUCAUAUUUUUUAUAUAAAUUUUUCUAGAAGUAUUACAGUAGAAAACAGGUGUGUGUAAGGAAGACAUGUAAUUGUUCCAGUGAUAUUGAAUUUGAAUUUGUGUGUUUAGUCACAAGAGCAGAGAGUUGUGGGUAGUAGUAGGGGAGGGCUUUAAAUUUGUUAUGAUAAUACCAUAUAUGGUGUUCACAAUACAGUACUGUACUAUAUGGAUUUUAUACAGCUCUCCUUUUCUUUUCUUUCCAAUUUUAUGGCUAAAGUGAUAUCCCUUGUAAUCUUGAGGCCAGUCACAUUUCAUUGUGAUUUGAUACAUCAUUAACAUUUUACCUGGGUACUGUAUAUUGGUGUCCAGAAGUUCAAUUGUAUUCAAACAUUUGGACAAUCAUCUUUGCCUUGAUGAAUUGAAAAUCUUUCUUGGGAGUUUAAUCAAUUUUACAUACUCUUUUUAAGUCAUGUCAAACAGUUACCUCAGGAACUCCAAAGACUCUUGAAUUAAAUUGUGAGUUUUGCUGGAAUUCUUUAAACAUUACUAGAGAGUGAGAGGCCAAGUGAUAUUCAGUCUGCUGUUUUAUGAUGUGAAGAUAGAUAUAGUGUGGUCUGAUGUUGGGGGUAAGGCUUUUUGUCUGCCUCAUUCAGGGAGUAGAAUUGGUCUAUCAUCAUACCAAAUCUCUCCUGAACAUGUAUUUCCACCAUCAGUGAAUUAUGAACCUGGUGUAUGAGCAAUUGAGGCAUGGCAGUAAACAGUAAGCAGCUGUGUCGCUUAUAAACUACUGACUUGGGUUAUGAAGCAGAGAAGGUAUAAAAAAUAUGAUUUUAAUAUCAGUAUACAGUAUAUUAUAGAUUAAUAUCACUUAUCUACAGAUGGCUUAUGUUUUCAAAGACUUCCCUAAAAGUGAUAGAUACAAUUGCUGAGAAACAUUUGAGGCAAAAUGAAUCCUUGUUGGCAACUGUUAUUUAAAAAAAAAAAUUAUGAAUAUUUAUGUCACAUUGACACUGGUCAUUGGAAGAAGUAUCUGCUUCCAUUACUAGGCUUUAAGUACAGUACUGAAGUGUUUUAACUGAAAUAUUUUAUUCCAAUGUUUAGACAGUUUUGAAAAUGCUGGUACAGUGGGGUUUCAUUUUGCACGGGUAUAUCAUACUGGUACGUAUCCGUACAUCAGAAAUAAUGCCUUUAACACAUUUUAAAAUUGCUAUAUUGUCCUGGACUCGCCAACUGAACCUUCCAAAAAUUACACGCAAUGUCACAUAAAUGGCAUUUACAUUAUUAAAUAAAUAUUUAAGGACGUCCGGGAAGUUAAUAUUGCAAUACUCCACCGAAUAGUGGAGGUGUGGGAAGCUCUGGGAGAUGAUGGGGAUCUGAGGCAGGGGGUGAAGGCUAGUCGAAUUCAAAGCCUUCAAAAUCAACUGCAGACACUUGUAAACUGACUUCAACUUCAUCACCAAUCUCUAGAGUGGCAGGGUUAUCAUUACUGAAUUCUCUUUGAUCUUCAUCCUAGGUGGUAAUGAGAACUUGGCAGCGGUGUUUAAUAAACUCCUGGUAAUGUUGCUUAUAGGGUUCCACCAAACUGUCUAACUAUGCAAUAAGUUCAUCACUGCAUUGUACACCGGGAUCAGCACUAAUUAAAGCAUCCUUGAGUUCUUCAGCGUUGCUGAUAACAUGCGUCAUUUGCCGCUGAGUCAUGUCUCCUUCGGCCUGCUCUGGUUCCGCCACACCACCAACACUUCCUUCCGCCGCCUCAAACUCAGUCUCUUCAUCUUCCGUCUCCUCUAGCAUGUCGUCUAUUGAGAUGGAUGCCCCUGUUGCUCCAAUAACUUCCAUCACAUCAUGUACAUAUCAUGAUUGGCACACUUAUUUUUAUAAUGUAUCAGUACUGUUAUGAAUAAAUUAAAAAUAAUGGUUAACGCAGCAACGGCCAGUCCUACCUCCUCCUACCCCCCUUCCUUUGCGGAGGGAAGGGUUCAGUAGUCAGGAAAGAGAUUACCUUCUGAUUCGACUUGACCUUUUAUUUUGAAGUCGCAUUUUAUAUCGUAUUUUGUUCUGUUAUUUAAUACUGUAUGUUAUAUUAUUUAUGAUGAAACAUACACCAUAAUAGGCUUAUCAUAUGAGAAUAUAAUAAUGAAUAAAUAAAAAUGUGAAUAUAGCAACAAAAAGUCCCCCACCCCACCUCCAGCACAUUUACAUAUGGUGACAUCUCUUGUACCUUUUAGUUCUCAUUGGACCUAUAUCAAAUCUUAUUAGCCCACUGUACAGUAUCCCCAUUAAAGACACUACAGUAUAUAUUUUAAGAAUAAAAAAGGUAAUAUAUUUUAUAAAAAAAUUGAUUAUUUUUUAAUGAACUGUACUACAGUAUACUACUGCAUUACUUACAGUACUAUGCGCACUUAUAAUGUCCAGUAACUAAAAUGACUGAAAUUGCUAAAUUAUUGAAUAAAUAAGCAAAAGAUCACUAAAUUAACAAUAUACCGCUACCCAUGGCUUUUUGCGUAUCUAUAACUCUGGUCACAUUUCAACUAAUUGCGUAAACUAUAACUGUACACUCGAGACCUGCGUAAAAUGAGACUUCACUGUAUUAUAAAAUGAGUUAAGGAUGAAUUAAUAUUCGUUAUUUCUAUUUAAUGAUAGUUAAAACAGCCUUUUGCCACGAGCUAAGUUAGUUGUGCUGGUAAUGUCCGGUGCACACUCACGGAUAACAAAGUAGCUUUCCCACGUCACACUCAGUUGAAUUAAAACUAAUUGUCAAGCACUGUGCUAUUUUCUAUAAGAUUUGUUAACUGGUUCUGUUAUAUUGUGCCAUCCUACCCCAGUAGAUGUGAUAUUGUUUAUUAAUGUUACAAUUUUCUUAUUUAUUAUAUUUUUGGUUGGCAUUGAGUUAUUUAACAUUAAUGGUUUAUUUUAUUUACAGCUCAUAUACCAAAUUGCUAUAUAAAUAUUAUAUUGAUACUCAUUGUUACUGAAGUUGGUGCAGGUAUAGGUAGAUCAUGAAACUGCUGUAAAAGCUUUUAAGUUAUCAUAUAUUUUUUAAUUGUUCAAAGAAAACACUUACUAUGUUAAUGUUUAAAGUCUUCAGUUGAAGGAAGUCUUUAUGAUCACUGAUAAUUUAUAGACAAAGAAUAUAAAUUGUAUAAAGAUUAUCCAUUUCUUAUAUAUA